AUAGCUUACGUUGCGUGCACUGCGCGCGCUGCGUAGAUAUUUUUAGAAACACGUUGUCUGACAUUUUGACAGAUAAUAAAUCUAUAAAAAAUUGUCUUGCCGUGUAGUGUCAACAUUAAUUCUCAAAAAUGAAUAGGCUUUUCGGACGUGCUAAACCUAAAGAACCACCGCCAAGCAUUACAGACUGCAUUGCGGGGGUUGAUAGUAGAGCGGACUCUGCAGAAAAGAAAAUAGCUAAAUUAGAUGCAGAGUUGAAAAAAUACAAGGAUCAAAUGGUUAAAAUGAGAGAUGGGCCAGCUAAGAAUGCAGUAAAGGCUAAAGCACUGCGUGUACUAAAACAGCGGAAAAUGUAUGAGGCCCAAGUGGACAAUUUGCGCCAACAGGCAUUCAACAUGGAACAAGCAAAUUAUGCCACUCAAACGUUAAAGGAUACUCAAGCAACUGUAGUUGCUAUGAAAGAUGGUGUCAAGCAAAUGCAGAAGGAAUUCAAAAAUAUUAACAUUGAUCAAAUUGAAGAUUUACAGGAUGAUUUAGCAGAUAUGUUAGAACAAGCGGACGAAGUGCAAGAAGCAAUGGGUCGUAGUUACGGAAUGCCAGAAAUUGAUGAUGAUGAGCUCGCAGCUGAACUAGAAGCUCUUGGCGAUGAUCUUGCUUUGGAUGAAGAUUCCAGCUUCUUAGAUGAUGCUAUAAAAGCACCUAGCGCUCCAGAUAAAGAACCUGGAGCAAGUUCUCUCAAAAACAAGGAUGGUGUUCCAGUGGAUGAGUUUGGUUUGCCACAAAUACCUGCCAGCUAAGUUUAAGGAUGCAU